GAAAUUUAUAGUUAUCAUUCAUUCGUGAUAUUUUUCCAUGCCAUUUUUAAAAAUUUUAGUAAAUGUAUAGCUGGAUCCAUAGUGAAAAUUAGAUGGAUGCCGUUCCUAUAGGGGAUAAUGAGUAUGCAUGCACUAAAAAACGCAAAAUAUGUGAUAAAUCGCAUUUAGAGAUAUUUGGCUAUUGUGAUGUUAAUGAUUCAAAUACCAAAACGUCCAAAAAUUUGCUGCUCAAAAAUAAUGAAAUGUAUUCUAAAUUUACUUCAUCUCUUCCUAUUCAUAACAACAAUUGUGAUUUUCAAAAUAACAAUAUGCUCAACGAUGCUCAAAUUCCAUAUUCUUUACCUAACCACAAACAUUACAAUCCUACAAUAUCCGAUAUUUGUGCCAAUGGUAUUAAUGUAUAUCGUAAAAAUUCUCUUAAAUUACCUUUUGAUUAUUCUUGCCUUAAUCCACAAGUGCCAGCUAAGGUAUACGAAGUUGAGAAAAAUGGCAGUUCAUACCUUAAUUUACCCGAUAGUCUGUUCAACAAAAAUUCCAAUAAUUAUUUAAAUCAAAAUGUAUCCAAUAAUUUUGCUACUAGAAUAAACGCAAAAAUUCCCAUAAUAUCCGAAAGCAGUUCGAACAACUUUUAUACUUUUUCUAAUAAGGGUGGUAUUACACCUUUUCUAAAUCCCAUCAACCAUGUAUCAUCGACGUUCUAUACAAAAUGUAACACCUUAACCGCAAAUCCUGAUACCUCAAUCUACAAUCUUAACGAAUAUAAUGAUCACCAUCCAUACCAUAACUCAUCAAAUUUUACUUCCGAACCUUCCAAGUACCUAUUCUCAAAUCGCCACAAUAUUUCUACCUCCGCUAUUUCUCGACAUUUCCCAAUCGAUAAAUUAAUUCCGUGUUCCGGACACAAUAAACCCAAUGAAAUUACCAAUAAUAAUUAUUAUUCAAUGGUUAAUCAAUCUAUAUGUGAUGGCUUGCAUUCUAUUAACAAUACCUUGACCAACCCUUACCCCAUUAUUAGCCACGAUUGCUCACGUUGUUUUUCGCUCUAUAGAACACAUUAUUCCUGCCCCUGUCCUAAUUAUAAACGUGAACCCGAUUAUUUUGUUCCACGCCACUCUAUAAUCAACUGCGGAAGAGUGCAAACUCACACUUCUAACCUUGUACAACCACUAUCCUUUGAUACUCUUCCUAUGCUUUCCACAACUUCGAAUUUGCCUACUAACUUGCAUCACUCACACAUUCCCGCUCAACAAUAUGCAGUAUUCCAUUUGCACCACCAUUGUUGUCUCUGUUGUUUGCCUCCGAUCCCAUCCUUUGCUACCCAGCCUUUAUUUGCCCCUCAACAUCACAAUUUUAACGAUAUGCCUUAUACUUUACCAUUACCUGUCUGUGAAUGCAACAGACAUGUAACUUUACCCUUACCUGUACAAUAUAUUCAUACCCCUUCCACACUUCCAGCACCAACCAUCCCUCCUAUAAUGUUUGUCAUGAAUAGCCUUAAUAAUUUGAACAAUUUUUCUCAUUGCCAUCAUUCAAACUCUUCUACAGAUUUUUCUCUUCCAGUGCAAAAUAAUAAUUAUGAUUUGGAAAACGAGUCAUUAAACAUUAACAGGCGUAGUAACUUUAACCGGCUAAUUAGAAAUAUUGAAAGUGUCGAUAACCGGGGAAAUAAUGAAAACCCUUCACAAAAUCAACAUCCACUUCCCUCUGACAUUUCCCGGGACACAAAUCAUAUAAAUAGAUUUUCUCGCGAUUUAAAUCGUGUUAGAGGUGAAAUAUUAACCAGAAAUAACGCGAAUAGAAGAUCGAAUUUGAUAAAUGGCAAUAGACGCUAUAGAAAUUCUGAUGUUUCGUCUAAUAGAAGAAAUCAAUUCUUUGUUCAAUUUUUAGCUAACAUUCUAGAGGAGAGUAGAAGAAGUACUAAUAGGAAUAGAGAUAACAAUGAUGUGGCUCCUAGCAGUACGAAUCUCAGUGAACAACACAGUAAUAGAAGAAAUAGACAUCAAGUUACCAAUCCUAGGAAUUAUAAUCGUUUAGUGACUCAAACUAACAAUUAUGAGGCGUUAUUGAAUUUGACUGAGAGACUGGGAGAUGCCAAAUCUAAAGGGCUCACAAAAUUAGAUAUAGAAUGUUUGGUAUGCUUUCGUUUCAACCCCGAAAGCCAUCACAGCAAUAGCAAUCAAACAUCUUGCGUUAUAUGCAUGACCGAUUUUGAAGCCAGAUCUCUCAUAAGAGUUAUGCCGUGCAAUCAUGAAUACCACUCUAAAUGCAUUGAUAAAUGGCUCAAAAAUAAUAGAACAUGUCCAAUUUGUAGAUGCGAUAUAGCCGAAAGAAUCGCCACUAUUCGGAAAAAACUCAGAAUUUAAUCAAAUAUAUUGUACAAAUCUUUGCUCAAAUUAUCUACAAAAUUAUUUUAUUUAAAUCUCAGGAUUUUUUUCUAUUCGAUUAUGAUAUAUUAUAAUAAAUUAUAUACCGCUUUUUUUAAAUAUCAGCAUUCUAAUA